AUGCCCCAGACAUCCAUCGUCUUCUCCAGUAUGCUCGGACCCAGCUGUAGCGGACAGGUGCAGCCCGGCAUGGGGGAGCGGGGAGGCGGGGCUGGCGGCUCCGGGGACCUCAUCUUCCAAGACGGUCGCCUCAUCUCUGGGUCCCUGGAAGCCUUGAUGGAGCACCUGGUCCCCACAGUGGACUAUUACCCCGAUAGGACAUAUAUCUUCACAUUUCUCCUGAGCUCCCGGGUCUUCAUGCCCCCCCAUGAUCUGCUGGCCCGUGUGGGGCAGAUCUGCUUAGAGCAGAGGCAGCAGCUGGAGGCCGGGCCUGAAAAGGCCAAGCUGAAGUGCUUCUCAGCCAAGAUCGUGCAGCUGCUGAAGGAGUGGACAGAAGCCUUCCCCUACGACUUCCAGGACCAGAAGGCCAUGGCGGAGCUGAAGGCCAUCACUCACCGCGUCACCCAGUGUGAUGAGGAGAACGGCACGGUGAAGAAGGCCAUUGCGCAAAUGACUCAGAGCCUGCUGCUGUCCCUGGCUGCCCGGAGCCAGCUCCAGGAGCUGCGGGAGAAGCUCCGGCUGCCAGCUGUGGACAAAGGGCCUGUCCUCAAGGCCAAGCCACCGGCUGCCCAGAAGGACAUCCUGGGCGUGUGCUGUGACCCCUUGGUGCUGGCCCAGCAGCUGACUCACAUUGAGCUGGAGAGGGUCGGCAGCAUUCACCCCGAGGACCUGAUGCAGAUUAUCAGCCACAUGGACUCCCUGGACAACCACAGGUGCCGAGGGGACCUGACCAAGACCUAUAGCCUGGAGGCCUACGACAACUGGUUCAACUGCCUGAGCAUGCUAGUGGCCACUGAGGUGUGCCGGGUGGGAAAGAAGAAGCAGCGCACCCGCGUGCUGGAGUUCUUCAUCGAUGUGGCCCGGGAGUGCUUCAACAUCGGGAACUUCAACUCCAUGAUGGCCAUCAUCUCCGGCAUGAACCUCAGCCCUGUGGCACGGCUGAAGAAAACAUGGUCCAAAGUCAAGACAGCCAAGUUCGACGUCUUGGAGGUAGAGCCCCAGCCCGUGCCAGGCCUCGUGCCCCCUCGGGUGGGGCUCCCCGCCGUGCCCGCCUCCCCGCUCCAAAAAUUUUGGGAGAUCUCCAGACAGAUCCAUGAGUUCAUGACAUGGACACAGGUAGAGUGUCCCUUCGAGAAGGACAAGAAGAUCCAGAGUUACCUGCUCACGGCGCCCAUCUACAACGAGGAAGCUCUCUUCAUCGCCUCCUUCGAAAGUGAAGGUCCUGAGAACCACAUGGAAAAGGACAGCUGGAAGACCCUCAGGACCACCCUCCUUCACAGAGCCUGACGGCGUGGACGCAGCCUGCGGAUGGACGCUGGAUAAAGCACACGCGUGAAUCGAGUUUUAAUCGUGACUGACGUGGGUUGAGAUGAGGAAGCCUCACUGGCUGGGGUCCAUUUUGUAUAUAACUUUUAUGAAAAAAAACAAAGGUCAUUAUUUCAUGCAUCA